CCAAGGAAUGCAGACCAACAGCCUUGCUGGAGUUUAAGGACUAACAACUCACUGCCAGCCAGCCAUGGGUCAGGAUUAUUAUGCUGUGCUCCAGAUCAAUCGCAAUUCAGAGGAUGCUGAGAUCAAGAAGGCGUACCGGAAACUUGCCCUGAAGAACCACCCACUGAAGUCAGAUGAGCCAUUUGCAGCAGAGACAUUCAGGCAAAUAGCAGAGGCCUACGAUGUGCUGAGUGAUCCUGUGAAGAGAGGCAUCUAUGACAAGUUUGGAGAAGAGGGCCUAAAGGGCGGAAUUCCUCUGGAGUUCGGAGCCCAGACUCCAUGGACAACUGGCUACGUCUUCCAUGGCAACCCUGACAGGGUUUUCCAUGAGUUCUUCGGGGGAGACAACCCUUUCAGUGAAUUUUUUGAUGCAGGAGGAAGUGAUGUGGAUUUGAAUUUUGGGGGACUCCGGGGCCGAGGGGUGAAGAAGCAGGACCCCCCAAUUGAACGGGACCUCUACUUAUCCCUAGAGGAUUUAUUCUUUGGCUGCACCAAAAAAAUUAAGAUCUCUCGAAGGGUGCUAAAUGAUGAUGGCUACUCCUCUACCAUCAAGGACAAGAUCCUGACGAUCGAUGUGCGGCCUGGAUGGAGGCAGGGCACCCGCAUCACCUUCGAGAAGGAGGGAGAUCAGGGCCCAAACAUCAUCCCAGCUGACAUCAUCUUCAUUGUAAAGGAGAAGCUGCACCCUCGCUUCCGCAGGGAGAACGACAACCUCUUUUUUGUGAACCCCAUCCCCUUGGGCAAGGCCCUCACCUGCUGCACCGUGGAGGUGAAGACCCUAGAUGACCGUCUGCUCAACAUUCCCAUCAAUGACAUUGUCCAUCCCAAGUACUUCAAGAAGGUGCCAGGUGAGGGGAUGCCACUGCCUGAGGACCCCACCAAAAAGGGAGACCUUUUCAUCUUCUUCGACAUCCAGUUUCCCACCCGCCUCACACCCCAGAAGAAGCAGAUGCUGCGCCAGGCACUGCUGACCUGAGCCGGCUGACUGGGCUGCGGCCAGCGGGGGUGGGGGUAGAAGCCUCACUGGGUGCCAUCUGCUCCGUUCCACAGCCUGAGUGUGCCAGGGAGCCAGCCCUGCACAGAUCUGAUAUGAGGGGGGUGGAACAGGACCUUACAUUGACAUAAUAAAGAUUUAUUUCCUAUCC